CAUGCAACGUGCAAGUGCCUCGGAUGGCAUUUUGGUGUCGCCUUGAAGGUCAACGUGUAACAUCGCAUAGACUUGCUCGCUCGUACGUCCUCGAUAGUGGCACUGUUGCUUCAGUGCUCAAUCAAGACCGAUCUCUCAAGGACCACAACGAACCACCAUGCUCUCCGUCGACACCGAAUUCGAGGCCCCGCCAGGCUUCCACCCUGCACUCUUCGAGGAUGACUUGGAUGACAGUCAGCAGUCGAUGUCCUACCCACAUAUCGAAUUAUCCUCCGCCCGCUCGAAAGGGAAGUCUAAACAGAUCUGGCUUGUCAAAGUCCCUCAAGGGUUGCAUCCCGCCGAUUUGGAUGGCCUCAGCUUCCCCGUAGCAUCAUCGUCAAAUUCUUCGUCUUCCGUCCCAUUGACCUUUCUAGCAGGGCCCGAGAAGACGGCGUACGAGGUACGUGUUGCAUCCAAGGACAAGGAUGGCUCAACGGAAGAAGGUGCGGAAGAGCUGGCUGGUGCAAGGAUCCUGCUACCGCACAGUGCAAAGGGACACGGGCGAAUGUCUUUCGCCCCGAAAGAGCCUUCUCGCUUCCUUACAAUCACGCUCGCACCGCCCGCCGGCGCGGCCUCCUCCUUCCCUGACACCGCCAAUGAAAAGGCAAACGGAUCUCUGACCUCUCUCGCUGCGCCACCCUCCGCAAGCUCCUCAUCCAAGUCCAAGAAUUCAUCCACGGCUUCCGCCACACCAGCCCCCUUCCCCACGGAACGGGCCGCUCAAGAGCUGCAAGCUCAACAGACGCGCAGAGUCGCCAAGCGCGAACAGCCGUGGGAGCUGCUCACGGGCGACUUCAAGCCAUCCGGCAGCUGCUCAUCCACAGUGCAAGUAGAUGAGGCGUGGCGGCGUACGCUUGCGGCUCCCUCUCCUGCGAACGUGUCGCGUUCGGCGAUGGGCGACGGCGAAUCGGAAGAGCGCGUCGAGUCUAGUCAACCGCUUCCGACGCGCAGCAGCAGCAACAAUGCCCUUUAUGGGCAUGCGGCAGGCAGCAAGGGCAUGCCUGAUCCGAGUACGCUAACCAUGGAGAAGAACCAGCAGGAGUAUAAAAAGGAAGCGCCGGUGACUGCGGCCGACAUGGAGGCUUCGAGCCCGGGGAAGAAGCGCAAGAAGAGCGGUGCUGAUGCUGAUGCCGAGGCGGAUGUUGAAGCUCCGACUUUGAAAAAGGGGAAGAAGGUCAAAAAGGAGAAGGAGAAGAAGGAAAGUAAGCGGUGAGAAGUCAUCUGUAUUCCAUGAUGCACUGCCUGCCAUUAGUAUCUAUC